AACAUCCCCUCCUUUGGGGUGUGUGCACGUCAGCGAUUCGUAGGGCCGGGCCCCGGUUGGAUCCGUCCCGUUGAGGCGUCCGGCCCGCGGCAGAUUUGCACUCCGGACCUUGGGGGGGAGGCGUUUCUGACCCACCUGAUGUCACAGAGAUUCGGAGUCACCUGGCCUGGUGCUAGUCACGUGUCAGUUCUCAGCAUGGAUCGUGCGCUGGGGUGCCGGUGCGUUCUGCCUGGGGCAUGUUCGCAGGGCCAGGGCUCACACAGGCCGGCAUGUGUGAAGUCCAUGCAGCCGACCUUGGCGUAGGGUCGGGCCUGCCUAACGGACGUGAGCCCAGUUCCCCGAGACUUCAGCUUGUCCGGGAAGAAUUGGAGCGAGAGCCUUGAGGCCACAAACGGCUGAUGUGCAGGGAUCAAGGGCAGUGCUCACAGGUAGAUGCGCCCCCUCAGACUCUCCCUUCUCACAGCCCAGAGCCCCGCCGCUGUGGAGGAGAUUCUAGACCGGGAGAAUAAGCGGAUGGCCGACAGCUUGGCUUCCAAGGUCACCAGGCUCAAAUCGCUGGCCCUGGACAUCGACAGGGACGCAGAAGACCAGAACCGCUACCUGGACAGCAUGGACUCGGAUUUCACAAGCAUGACAGGCCUGCUCACGGGGAGCGUGAAGCGCUUUUCCACAAUGGCACGGUCUGGGCGAGACAACCGGAAGCUUCUCUGUGGUAUGGCCGUGGGCCUGAUCGUGGCCUUUUUCAUUCUCUCCUAUCUCCUGUCAAGGGCAAGGACUUGAGCCACUAGGAGCUGACUUCUGUGGGUGCCUGGGGCAACCUGGGUCUUCCCCUGCCUGGUGUCCUAGGCUCCAGAGGACCUACCUGCAAAAUACUCCUUUGAAAUGAUGGUCGUGGCUUAGGGAUUUUCUUCCUGUCUGAUGUGUUCAUGGCUGCCUCUGAUCGAGUGAGCUCAUGUUGGCUGGCCCCAUGUGUGUAAGGGUCUCUUUCCCUUGAGGGAAACCAAGGCCCAGGCCCCUGUGCUACUCUGGGUACGAAAGGCUCUGGCAGAGCCAGGUGUGAGCAGAGCCUCUGGAAAUCCUGGACAUGGCUACCUGUGGCCCGCAGCCCUUCCCUUGUCCCUUGGGGCUCUGACGUCUCAAGGCUCUGCCCUAUGCGUGUCUCUGGGUAAGGCCACGUCUGAUGCCUGAGGUGCCUGGAGCUGACACCGGAAGGGGGUUUGGCUGUGAAGUUGGAGCACCAUCUCAGCUCAGAGAUUGCAGCUCCCCUUGGCUAGGGCUGCUGAGUAUGGGCAGAUCAGCCUCGCCUGCCCUCCAGACCCUCGGGGAAGGGCAGGCGAUUGUGGAUGAAGAAGUAAGUGGACCACAGCCUUGGCUGGAGGCACUGGGCCCUGCUCCUUUUGGAUCUCACAGUCUUGUAUCCAGGAGCAGAAACUCCCAUUUUCUCAGGAUUCAAGAUCGAGCCAGCACCAAAGAUGUGUUUCUGGGGGACCAGACCUCGAGAAGCAGUUCCACCUGGCGUUUCAGAGUCAGGCAGAAUGUGUGUUGGGGAGGCGCCUUCUGUGGUUUGAGACAGGAGGCUUCCCUACAAGGACUCUCCUCGUGGGGCCGUGGGUCGCUUCCUGAGGGUCACCAGGCAGCUUCUGCUCCACCACGUGAGGCCCUUCAGCAGUGAGCUCCCUCACUAAGGGCACUCUCAGUUCUCCCCCCAGCCUCUGCGGGCUGCCCUCCAUGCCCGCCUCUCCCUGGGCCCUCACUGCCCACUUGGCCAGCCCCAUGUUCACACAAACCAAAGCACAGGCCCGCCUGAGCCAGUGGCUUCUCACCCCAUGGUGAGGUGUCGGCACCCUCAUUGUGCAUAAAUACGUGUAAGAAACAGUUCAUCAUCUGUGUCCUUCCCUACCCUUGUUCCUGUCUUCUGCCAGUGCAGUCACUCGCGCUUACCCCCAGAGGACUGUCGGCUCUGCCCCACACCGUGCGCUGUGCAGGCCCCUGGUGUGACUCUCACACGCUGACCGCACCUCUGCUCCGGUCUCUGGCUCUGGCCACCUCACCUUCAGCACUGCUGCUGCUCCCUAUUCUCCCUUCU